GCCUUAUAAGGAAAUCAUAAGUGUAGGUCCGGCGUGAGCAAAGGGCAAGUGUGUACGUGUCAUAGAUAUAUAGUGUGCAGUGACUCCAAGAAUACAGUUAAGAUUCUCUUACUUUGUUUAGACGUACAGUUCCGCGGCUUGUAUAUAUAAACCUACUGAGGUGACCCGCUCUAGUGUGCACUGACUGAGGAAGCUCGAUCGGGCACAACGCGGAAGUAAAGUGUGAGCUGCGUGAAAGUCAGAAGAACCUGCAUCAUACGCCCUGAACAUCGACUGUCGCUAUGCAGCAAACUAGCACUAGCCUCAUCCUCAUCCUCCUGUCUCCGAUCUGCCUGCACGGAGCUAACAUUGUCAUGUUCCCUGGCCCCUUCAGCCAUUUUGGGGUCAUGUCUCACAUUGCUCAAGAGCUGAGCAAAGAAGGUCACAAGAUUACAUUUAUUGCAUCAAAAGGCCAAUGGGUGAAAAAAGCAGACCAUUUCGAUCUGUGGACGUACGGUAGUGACGAUUCCGAUUAUGAAAAGGCGAUGGAAGAUUUUUUUGCGGACACUCUGGCAGGAAAGAGUCAGUAUGAAAGUGAUAAGAUGGCCCGCGGACAAGCGGCUGUUGAAAAAAUGAUCAGUGAAUUUUUCGAAUCUGUACCCAGAUUUCGUGCCACGGCAGCAAAAGAGAAAUUCGACCUGGCAGUGGUGGAUGGUUUUAUUGUUCACGGUAUGCAUUUGAUAAAGUCCCUAAAUAUCCCAUUAAUUGUAUUCGCAUGCGGAGCAUUUGACGCCGUUCAACAUGGCCGGCUGUCACAGACACCGUCCCCGUUGGCGUAUGUACCUGUUGGUUUCACACCUUUACAGAUAACGGAUAGGAUGUCCUUCCUGGACCGGUUGACCAAUACUGGGAUGUACUUCAUCACUCAGCUCGCACUUAAGUACUACUUUUCCAACAUGAAUGGUUACGUCAAGACCUAUUUACCUGAUGUGCAGCAUCUGUCGUAUGAAGACGUCAUGGCGGACGCGGAGUUGUGGUUGGCAAAUACUGACUUCACCCUGGAGUUCCCGCGACCUCUCACCCCUAACGUUGUGUAUGUGGGCGGUUUAACCACGAAGGAUCCAAAGCCUCUGCCGAAGGAUCUGGAGAGUUUCGUCGCAGGAUCUGGAGACGCUGGCGUCAUCGUCUUCAGCCUCGGCACCACCGUCAAGGAUCUAGAAGCAGCAACUGCUCAGGCCUUUGUUGACGCCUUUAAGUCUAUACCACAGCGCGUUAUCUGGCGUUACGGGGGGAACAAUUUCCCCACAGUGUCGGACAACGUGAGGAUCAUGAAGAAGAUACCACAGAAUGAUCUACUUGGUCACCCUAAAGUCCGCUUGUUCUUGAACCAUGGUGGCAUCAGCGGAGUUAUGGAGGCAAUAUACAACGGUGUUCCCAUGGUGAACAUUCCGAUAUUCGGCGACCAGUUCGACGUCGUUGCUAGGAUCGUUGCUAAGGGCAUGGGUGUGAAAAUUGAUGUCACGAAUAUCACAAAAUCAAACCUUUUGUCCUCUGUACAGCAGGUGCUUGGCGAUGGGAGAUUUUAUGAAACUUCGAAAAAGAUGUCGGCCAUCAUGAAAUCACGUGACCAACAUCCAAUGAGGAGAGCUGUCCACUGGAUCAACCACAUCAUCGACCACGGCGGGCAGCAUCUGCGUCCGGCGUCCCGGGAGCUGAACGUCAUCCAGUAUUUCCUCCUUGAUGUUGCUGCGUGUGUUGUUGGUGUCGUCGUUCUGUUCCUGUGGAUACUGAAAUGUCUGUGUUGCUGUUGCCUUCGACGCUGUUGUAAAACGAAAAGUAGUAAAUCAAAAUUAGAAUAGAAUUUAGGAAGGAAGAUUUAUUGUUGCGUACUUAACGAAACAGUGUUAGUAUGGAAACCCGGCAUCGCCAUGAUAACCUCAAGGGGACAAUAAUCUGUAGCACUGUGAAACGAAUAGGAGUGUGUGCUGCAAUAUGAUCAGUUGAAGACCUCAACCCCCAAAUGUACAGUACCGGUAGUUUGUACUAAGAAAGUGUUACAUUUGUUACAUUUGACCACUUUCUAAAAUGCAUUCAUUUUGUGUGUUCAUAGCUUUCGGCCAUUGGAGCCGUGCCAAUUUACACAUGUCAGAGGGGUACACAAAGUACGUGAUCUAGACUACCAGUUGUCGGACUUUCAUUUUUAUGGAAGCCUCAGUGGCUGAGUGGGUUAGAUCGUUGACUUUGUGUGCUGGCGAUUAGGUGCCUCACUCUGGCAGUGUGUUUCCAUCCCGGAUGCAUGGGACUCCGGGUACAAAAACUGUACUUUACCGAGAAAAUGUUAUCCCAAAUAUAUCAUUUGUUACAUUUGACCACUUUCUAAAAGGCAUUGUGUAUUCACAGUGAUUUAAUGGGAUUCGAAGCUCGGAAAUCUGAACUAUUCACAGCGCAUAAAUAAUUUUCUUGAUAAUCACCAUUUUCUUUCUUCAAUCCCAAACUUGAAGAAUGUGCCAUUCGGCUUGUCGACAUUGAUAUACUACGUAAAUGAAAUAUUAGGUGUGAUCGAUAUUUAUCAGAAGAACUUCGAUUUGGUUGUGACUGGACGUAUAUGUCUUCGGAUCCGAAUUGAGUCCAUGCUCUGUAAUGCUCAUGAUGUUAGUUGCUGGAUUGUCUGAUCCAGAUUCGAUUAUUUACAAACCGGCGUUGUAUCUGGCUGGCAUAUUUCCCACCGCGGCGACAACAACAAACAACCAGGGCCCCGUUCCACAAAACGAUCUUAGCGCUAAGGCGAUCGUAACUUCUAUACUUAACAUAGACUUACGACGAUCGUAUAGCACCCAGGGCCCCGUUCCACAAACCGAUCUUAGCGCUAAGGCGAUCGUAACUUCUAUAACUUCGUCGUUGUACAAAACAGGGCGGUCGGGUAGCCUAGUGGUUAAAGCGUUCGCUCGUCACGCCGAAGACGCGGGUUCGAUUCCCGACAUGGAUACAAUGUGUGAAGCCCAUUUUUGGUGUCCCCCGCCGUGAUAUUGCUGGAAUAUUGCUAAAAGCGGCGUAAAACCGUACUCACUCACACACUCACUCGUUGUACAAAACAACCUUAGCGCUUCGACUGUCGUAAGAUCUAUAACUUUACAUAGACUGACGGCGAUCGUAGCACUAAGAUCGUUUUGUGGAACGGGACCCUGGGCCCCGUUACACAAAGCGGUCGUAGCGCUAUGGCAGUCGUAAGUCUAUACUAAAGUAUGGGAGUUACGAUGAUCUUAGCGCUCCGAUCGCUUUGUGGAACGGACCCCAGGCGAAUAUUGUUAUCACAGAAACAAGUGACGUCACCCAUUUUAUUAUAUACUUCAGUGUGAAAGACUGAGUCUUCUUAAGCUGAGAAAAAUGAUAUUUUCAUUGCAGUGAACAUAACACUUGGACGGAACAAUUGUCAUUCAAGAGCUACCUCCCCGUAAAUUGUCUUCCUGUAUCUGUCCAGCCAGUACACAAACUGUUGACUUUUUACGUUAGUUUUACAUUGACAAGGCAACAUAGUGACAGAUAGUUAUUGUUGGAGUUAGUGACGCUUCGUACUCUUUGCUAUUUUCUUGAAAAUGUUUCGUUAUAAACUGUUCAUUUCACAAUUUUUGUUACUUGACCAGUGUGUAUUCCUUUACAUCCAACAGCGGUCUCGUAGCUUUUUAAAACUAUUUUUGUAAAAUUCACUUUGUAUAUAAUCAUAUCCAAAUGUAUGCUAAAGAAUGGUAGUAACCUCAAAUAUUUUUUAUAACGUUUGUUUAUAUUUUCAAGAUUUUACAAACUCGGAACUACUUAUUAACUCGCAAUUACAAGCGGUGGUGAAAUGUCCCUGCGUGUUAGGUAGGGAGAAUUUAUGUUUCAAGGUUUUACAUUUGAAAUGAAUAAUAGUAAUUUUCUACUACACAAAAAGUACAUGUAUAUAAUAAAUAGCAUAUUCCAUGUGUCUCGUGAAAACCUGUUUCUCUCAUAUCCUUUCCACCGUCACUCGAUGAACACGUAAUUUCACUCGAGACAUGAAAUAUCCUUUGAGUAUCAUGACGUCAUCAUGUCUGUCUGACGAUGUGAGUUCAUGUCGACAGAGAGUGCUUCAGACAAUGACUGAUAACCUUUGUGUUUUACAAUGUCCUUUAAGAGUAUGUGAUUUCAGAUUUGCUGGUUUUAUUGCGUAUUCGAUGCUCGGAAGAUAAAACUUCUGACGAAGGCCGUCGGUUCAAAAUGGAAUUUCCGGGCAUUGACUACUCAAUUAAACACAUGUUUCGUUAAUCCAGACACUUGUUAAUCCGGAAGGUUGUACCGAGAACGGUACAACCCUGUUUAAUCAGCAUUUCAUAAUCAUUAUAAUAAUAAUAAUGAUUGUGUUUGUGGAAGCUUCAAGGGAUGUAUUCCGCAUACAAAUAUCCACUAUUUAUUAAGCUAUACCUCAAGGUGCGGGAUCUGGUUCUGAUGAAGUUUAUUUUUCUAUGUUCUAUGAUAUGGGGUAAACAGAUCGCGUUCAUUUGUCUUUUUGUAAUGUUUGUCUUUGUCAGGUCCCAUGAGAGUUAUUGAAUAAGAUAUCAUUGUGCUGGCCCUGUGUAUCAUAUGUAUACACACACACAAUGAACACAUAAUCAGGGCGCAUCAUUAAAUGAGUAUUUUUGUCUUUAUGUCAUGUGAUUUUGGAAAGUGUUUUUUCAUUUUUAUUUAGAAUUUAUUACACAUUACGUUUUAAAAUAAAAAAAAGGACUUUU